AUGAACCCUCGACAUCGCCACACCGUAUGUUCGCCGCGCCUGCAAGAGAUGGAGGCCCGCCUGCACAAAGCUCAAUGCCACGACACCCUCGAAGAUCUUCGCAUCAAGUUGCACAUCAUCAACCACCUCUACCGAUACAAGCAAACGAACGUCCGCCACCAGGGACCAAACACUCGCGUCCGCGGCGACCUCACAUCCCAGGAUGAGCGGAAGACUUGUGCGGUGGAGAAGUAUCGGCGAGCGCGGCGUGCUAAGCUCGCGCUCUCGGGGCCCGGUGAAUGGGAGACCAAGUACCACGUGCUCGAGGACUGGGACGUGCGAGGGCUAGAAGACGAUGAUCCAGAUGCAGUGGCUAAACGGAAACGGAAACACGGAGACAAGGCUGGGCCCGCGGAGGGGCAUCGUGUCCUCUUGUGGAUCUGGCAUGCGGCGGAUGCGGGUAAAGAUGGCCUUAUGACGGAUUCCUUGCGCGUCGAAUGGCUGAAGGCUCGGGCACGAAAGAUGCGGUGGGAGGAGGAAACGAAGAUCCUCCAGGAGGAGAUGCGGCGCGUUCUGGCCACCCUGGAGUACGAGGAGACCAAGUGGAUGGCGUGUGGGGCGGCUCGGUUCACUACCGACAAUUGUCUACGUGAAGGCCUGGCUGCAUACGCAGCGAAGCAAGCCCAUAUCCGUCGUGCCAUGCACACAACCUGCAUCGUCGUUUGUCGCGACAUGGUAACCGUCGCGCGAGGCGGCACUCCUCCAGACUGGGCAACCUUGCAGAAUGCGGAGAACACCACCGAGGUUCUCAACAACCUGGACGCACCAACACUCGCAGAGAUGUAUCAACUCGAUGGUGAAGACCUCGCACCUUUCGCAAACGCUUGA